CGUCUCCGCCGUGAUUGGUGCGCGGUAGCCGGUCGUUAGCGACGGCGAUGGCGGAGCCGACAGCGGCCGCGGGAACGGGGGGUGAGGUCGGGGAUUGGGUCCGGGAUUUUGGAGAUCAGGGCACUGAUGUGAAAACAGAGAACAACUCUCUGUCACCAGGAGUUGCUGACCAUGAAAAGGAGCUUGCAAACAACGCUUAUCAAGCUUACACAUCAGGGCAGUUCGACACUUGCCUCCAGUACCUGUGUCAUCUGCAAGAACUAAACAAGGAUGAUUACAAAAUAUCCUUGAAUAAAGCAGUGGUGGAAUUCUAUAAAAAUGGGCAGACCUUGACAGACACCUUGAGGCAGACACUCAACUUGCUGAAAAAUCAGGUCCAUUCCACAGUGGAAGAAAUGGAUGGAUUGGACGAUGUUGAGAACAGUAUGCUCUAUUACAACCAAGCAAUUAUUCUUUACCACCUGAGGCAGUACACUGAAGCUAUAUCCAUUGGGGAGAAACUUUACCAGUUCAUCGAACCCUUUGCAGAAGAGAAAUUUGCCCAGGCCCUGUGUUUCUUGCUCGUUGACCUUUAUCUAUUGACGUACCAGCCUGAGAAAGCUUUGUUGCUGCUUGCAGUUCUGGAAAAGAUGAUCUCACAAGGGAACAACAAAAAUGGCAAGUCUGGUGAGGCUUGCAAAGAUGCUGCCAGUCAGAAGGUUGAUGCCGGAGUUAUGGUGGAAGCUGCCAAGUCUAAAAUUCAUCAGUGUAAAGUAAGAGCUUAUGUCCAGAUGAAAUCUUUGAAGGCUUGUAAACGAGAAAUCAAAUCUGUUAUGAAUACUGCUGGAAAUUCGGCUCCAUCACUGUUUCUGAAGAGCAAUUUUGAAUAUUUAAGGGGGAAUUAUCGAAAAGCAGUGAAACUAUUGAACAGUGCCAACAUCACAGAUCAUCCUGGGUUUCUCAGCACAGGUGAAUGCAUUCGAUGCAUGUUCUGGAAUAAUCUUGGAUGUAUCCAUUUUGCCAUGGGAAAACACAAUCUAGGAAUUUUCUACUUUAAAAAGGCAUUGCAGGAGAAUGACGUUGCCUGUGUGCAGUUGACAGGGUCGAGCACAGAUCAUGGGAAGAAGUUUUCAGGGAGACCAAUGAGUUCCCUACUGACAAACAAGCGUUAUGAAUUGUUGCACAACUGUGGAAUCCAACUAUUGCACAUAGGCAGGCCCUUGGCAGCUUUUGAGUGCCUGAUGGAGGCAGUCCAGGUGUACCAUUCCAACCCACGUCUUUGGUUAAGGCUGGCAGAGUGUUGCAUUGCUGCCAACAAGGGGACGUCAGAACAAGAGACCAGAGGGCUGCCAAGUAAAAAAGGGAUUGUACAAUCGAUCCUAGGUCAAGGCUAUCAUCGAAAGAUAGUGUUGGCAUCACAGUCCAUGCAGAACACUGUGUACAAUGACGGGCAGUCUUCAGCCAUUCCCGUAGCCAGCAUGGAGUUUGCGGCCAUCUGUCUAAGAAAUGCAUUGCUUCUGCUCCCUGAAGAUCAACAAGAGAUGAAGAAAGAUAAUGGAUUAAGACAUUUCAAUCAGUCAGGCAAUAGUGAAACUAACAAUGAAAGUGGUGAGACAUGCAGUGGCAAGCCUCACGAAGGGGAAAAAUACCUGGUUCCAGGCCCACCAUCGUCUCCAUUAAGGAAGCAGGAGUUAGACAAUUUGAGGUGCUCCAUUCUGGCUGGUAGUGCAUAUGUUGCCCUUGCACUCGGUGACAACCUAAUGGCCUUAAAUCAUGCAGAGAAUCUUCUACAGCAGCCCAAAUUGUCUGGAUCUCUAAAGUUUCUGGGUCACUUGUAUGCAGCAGAAUCCCUCAUCUCACUGGACAGAAUCUCUGAUGCCAUCACUCAUUUGAAUCCUGAAAAUGUUACUGACGUGUUCUUGGGAGUUUCUUCAAAUGAACAGGACCAAGGUUCUGACCGAGGAGAAAAUGAACAGAUGGAAAGCUCUGGGAAACAGAUACUGCAGUGUUACCCUAAUUCCGUUACAUCAGCUCGUGCAAUGAUGCUCUUUAACCUUGGCAGUGCAUAUUGUCUACGCAGUGAAUAUGACAAGGCACGCAAGUGCCUUCAUCAGGCUGCAUCAAUGAUUAGUCCCAAAGAGAUUCCACCAGAAGGCAUCUUACUGGCUGUUUAUCUUGAGCUACAGAAUGGCAACACGCAGUUGGCACUACAGAUCAUCAAAAGGAAUCAGUUACUGCCCUCGGUGAAAGCUCUGAAUUCAGAUGUGAGGAAGAAGCCGGUGUUUCAGUCCAUCCAGACCGUGCAGCCACCGCCGUUCAGUACUGUCCAGCGGAAGUGAUUCUGCAGUACUCAAAUCCAUUUGCUGCCUUCAAGACCGUUCCCGUGCUGGGGAAGAGGCUCGGGUUGGAGGGGUAAACCCUACGAAGCACUGCAGCUCUCAGCCAUCCAAUGAUGGAAGAUAGGAAUUUUUUGAACAUCCAGUGUUAGGGAUACAAGAACCAGUCAGUAUAGGGUGAUCAACCUUGGACUCAAAUGCUCACUGAAGGUAAACGUGCACAGUUUCAGUGUGUUUCUGGAGUUUGGAGGUUUAUCAAGUUUUUAACAUUUUGUUUUAUGAUAAUGGUUUGUAACUGCAGCAUUUAUAGCUGAACAGAUGUGUUUCCUGUUACAUUAGCAGCAAUUAAAGUAACCCAAUGAAAACCUUAUAUGCUAAGAACACUUUCAUAUGGCAUUUUAGUUGUCCGUCUCAUAUGGUGCAUAUGUUAUAAAACUCUUCUUGAUAUCUCGCCCUUUCAUUGAACUGUCAUGGAAUUGCUGAUUGAGUUUGAUUCUGGAAGUACAAUUAGCAAAAUUAAAAUGAUGGAACUAUUCUUCCCACUAAGCAGAAUUUAUACAAAUCCUCUUGGUUCACCUUCUAAAGUGUUGGUGAUGUUAUCUGCCUGAGCCUAGGAGACAAUGAGAGGAGGGGAGGCAGAACAUUUGAGACACUAUAGAAUAUCUUUAGGAAUGCAAUUUCCUUAAGUAUCACAGAUGUUCUAAUGUGAGUUUCACUAACUAGUUGAAGUCCUGUCUUAAUCAAACCAGUGACAUUUUGUAAAUAGCAUUUUACCUGGUCUUCACUUCUUGCUGCUUUUCAGCAGUAACUACUUUUUCUUUCUGGAAAUACAGUAUACCAUGUAAAGAAGCCUAGAGAAAGAAACUUGUAAAAAAAAUAUAUUGAAAUUUAUCUGAUUAAUAAAUGAAGAAGGCAUUAUCAUGAAUUUUUGAUCCAGAAAUUUGUAAAAGGAACCAAAAUGAAAUGUGCUCUUUCUUUACCAAUUUCCAGCCUGGCUUUCAAAGGAUUCUGAGAGAGCAGGGAGAAAGGGAAUCGAGGUGUAGAAAAUGUAGAGCCACCGGAAAGAGCUGGGGUAAGGAGCUGACUAGAUUACACCUGCAGGCAGCUGGCACAUAUUCGAUGGCCUGAGUGUUUGGAAGCAUCACGGGGGAGGACAUCAUUUGAUUUUCUCAGAGAGCUCCUUGGCCACGGUUAUUUUCCAACCUGUAAUUCUCAGUGCUGAAACUAAAUUCAGCCCUUUGUGUUCAGUUACACAGCGUUGCCUCAGAACCUACCAAGAGCGUCAUCCCAACCCAUGUAUCAGGUCUAAUUGAUAUCAGAGAACAAGCUGCAAUCUGAAGAUAUUAUAGCUCAUGAAUCCUGCCUACAGUCAGAGGCCCACUGGUGACAUUAGAUCAAGAGGGUAAGGUUCCAAUUUAUCACAAACUGCCUGGUCAAACAAGGGUACUCAAACAUUGCAAAUGAAAUGAUAUUUUGGAAACAUUGUUGACUCUGAUUGUGAAUAAAGAACAAAUGUAAAUUCUG